UGUGCGCUUUCCAGUAUGGUAUAUAUUUCAAUGGCUACAACUAAUGCCAAUGUGGCACCAAAGUAUCACGUGACUGCUAUUCCCUGCACCGCGGAACUGACUUCACUCCCCUCGCCUAAAAGUACUUCGAUGAUGGGGAAAAUUUAUUCAACGUUGACACGACCUAUUCGUACAUUUAAUAUUGCAAACCGUGCGGAAAAAAUUAUUUCUCGGGAAAAACCAGUACCUGCGCCUCAAUAUGCAUCUACGGAAAAACUAAAAAAACUAUCGCAUGAAGCAAAUCCAAGCUUUUUGGAAAAUCAUUAUCGGAAGGAUAUACAACUGGAUCAACGAUUAAAAGAUGUUUUUGUAACUUCAACAGAUUCACAAGUAUGCACUGUAUUUAAAUUAUUUCUUAGUAUUUAA